GAGAAUCUUCUUCAAGGAAACUCAUCGUGUCAAAAUACCCUCAAGGAGAAUUUUGACAAAUUAGGUAUCUUCAGAAUCAAAGAAAGUUGUGGAAUCAUCCCCUUAGGACUAAAGUCUGUGUACCAUGGCACUACAAUUGUGCUAAAAACAAAAAAAAAAAUCAUUAUAGUAGCUGCGGAUGGAAAACUUACCACAAAUACAUCCUACAAUUGCGUUGAAUUUGAAGGCUGAAAAGCUUAGGAAUCUCGAUGAUAUGUUUGUAGCAAUAUUGGGGGAUUGGAAAAUUUUAACCGAAACAAUUCGCACUUUAAGGACUUGUGAGAGAUGUUUUAAGGAGAAUGGUGUACGAAAGCUCACAGUCAGUGAAUGGGCUGAUUUUACAAUACAAAAGUUAUUCUUUCAUCUAACUGAGACACAAGUAAUUUUUUGCGCUUUCGAUCAGAAAGAGGGUCCAUGCAUCUCAUAUGCUUCUUCAUUUGGAAAUUUUGAUGUCAAGGAUCUAUAUUUCUGCGGGGGAACAGGUAGUAUGUACGCAGAUGCAAUUUUAUCUAGUUAUGCACGUUUUGACAUGAGUUUUGAUAUGGCUGUUGAGUUGGUCGAAAGAGCUCUUGUGUAUGCAAAUAUGUGUGAUGGUUGCACGGGCGGUUGGGCCAGCAUUCACGUGAUCUAUGAGGAUAAUAUCAUCAAGGCUUUGGCUAGAGAACACAUAGGCACUACUCUGCAGAGAAGACAUCAUGCUUUUGUUAAAAGCAUGAAAGUUUUAAGAGACGAAUCUUUCAGUAAGGUCUAAAAAGAAGCAUAUAAUCAACAAUAGACAUCCAUACCUGAAAGUCUGAAACAUUUCAAUUUGAUUUCUCAAUUUGUACAUGUUCUUAAAGUGACAUAUAAAACAUUACAGACUCGUGGUAAUAUAGGAUUUAUAUAAAA